UUUCUUCUCCAUCACUUCCUACCCUCACAAACAGAGCAAUCAAUAAGUAGAAUCAGUUUCAGAGAUCAAAAUCAAACAAUGGAUUAAAAAAAAUCAAUCUGAAGUAAAAAGAAAACCACCCAUAAUCUCAUCUUUCUACCCCCACUUGUUUGUAUCUGCCAAUCUGCAUGUUACCAAUGUUUUUUGCGCCAACCUUUUCCGAAGAUGAACAACAUUUCAUACGAUUCUGUUUCUGUUUAAGAAGAAAGUGGGAAUUCUGGUGUGGGUUUGUUCAUCCAAUUCAGUUAUAACAAUGUCAUGAUGAGAGGAAUAAGAAUCUCAAAUUCUGUUUCAACCUUUGUGUUGUUCUUGGUGUUCUUGGUGUUCUUGUUGUUGCCAUUAAUUUCUGGUCUCAAUCAACAGGGCAUCGCUCUGCUUUCAUGGCUUUCAACGUUUAAUUCCUCUUCUUCUGCUACGUUUUUCUCAUCUUGGGAUUUGACCCAUCAGAAUCCAUGCAUUUGGGAUUAUAUCAAAUGUUCAGGGGAUGGAUUUGUUACUGAAAUUGAGAUUUCCUCCAUUAAUCUCGGAACUGGUUUUCCGGUGGAGCUUCUUGGAUUCAAAUCCCUCACUAAACUCGUUUUAUCUAAUGCUAAUCUCACUGGGGCAUUUCCACAAACAGUUUGUAAUCUAUCCUCGUUGAUUCUUUUGGAUUUGAGUUUUAAUGCUUUGACAGGGGAGAUUCCGGCGAAGAUUGGGGAGUUUUCGAAGUUGGAAUUCUUGUCGUUGAAUUCGAAUUCGUUGAGCGGCGAAAUUCCGCCGGAGAUUGGGAACUGUUCGUCGCUGAAACGGCUUGAACUCUAUGAUAAUCUAUUGGUUGGGAGGAUUCCGGCGGAAAUCGGUGAGUUGAAAUCGUUGGAGAUUCUUCGCGCCGGUGGAAAUCACGGCAUUCAUGGCGGAAUUCCGGGCGAGAUUUCUAAAUGUGAAGAACUUACGUUUUUAGGGCUUGCAGAUACCGGGAUUUCGGGGCGGAUUCCGAUGAGUUUUGGAGAGCUUAAGAAUCUCAAAACGCUUUCGGUUUAUACUGCGAAUCUCUCCGGCGAAAUCCCGCCGGAAAUUGGGAACUGUUCUUCGUUAGAGAAUUUGUUUCUUUAUCAGAAUCAACUUUCCGGGAAAAUUCCGGCCGAAUUGGGGAAUAUGAAGAGUAUUAGAAGAGUGUUGUUAUGGCAGAAUAAUUUAAGCGGAGAGAUUCCGGAAUCUCUCGGGAAUGGAACAGAGCUUGUUGUUCUUGAUUUCUCGUUGAAUGAUUUGACCGGGGAAGUCCCUGUUUCUUUAGCGAAAUUAAUCGCUCUUGAAGAGCUACUUCUAUCUGAAAAUCAGUUUUCCGGCGAAAUUCCGUCGUUCAUAGGAAACUUUUCAUCUCUGAAACAACUCGAAUUGGAUAACAACAGAUUCUCCGGUGGAAUUCCGCCGUCAAUCGGCCGAUUAAACCAGCUCUCUCUGUUCUUCGCCUGGCAGAAUUCACUCACCGGAAACAUCCCGGCGGAGCUUUCCAACUGCGAGAAACUCGAAGCACUCGAUCUUUCCCAUAAUUCACUCACCGGAACAAUUCCAGAAUCUCUAUUGAAUCUCAAGAACUUGAGCCAAUUAUUACUGAUAUCCAACCGAUUUUCCGGCGAAAUCCCUCGGAAUUUAGGGAAUUGUACCGGCCUGACUCGUUUACGCCUCGGAUCAAACAAUUUCACCGGAAAAAUCCCGUCGGAGAUUGGGCUUCUUCGUGAUUUAAGCUUUCUAGAGCUAUCGGAAAAUCGAUUUCAGUCGGGAAUUCCGCCGGAGAUUGGGAACUGUACUGAAUUAGAAAUGGUUGAUCUCCAUGGAAACGAACUCCAUGGAAAUAUUCCUUCAUCGUUCUCCUUCCUCGUAGAACUCAAUGUUUUGGACCUCUCCAUGAACAGAUUAACCGGCGCCAUUCCUGCAAAUCUGGGUAAGCUUUCAUCUCUAAGCAAAUUGAUUCUCAAGGGAAAUUUCAUCACUGGUUCGAUCCCAUCUUCAUUGGGUUUCUGCAAAGAUUUGCAAUUAUUGGAUCUAAGUAGUAACAGAAUCUCUGGUUCAAUCCCAUCUGAGAUUGGUCGAAUUCAAGAACUCGAUAUUCUUCUGAAUUUGAGUUCAAAUUCAUUGAAUGGUGAAAUCCCUGAAAGCUUUUCAAAUCUCUCUAAGUUAGCUAAUUUGGAUAUCUCUCAUAACAUGUUCAUCGGAAGCCUCGAAAUGUUGGGGAAUCUCGACAAUCUUGUCUCUCUUGAUGUCUCAUUCAACAACUUCUCCGGUGUUCUUCCCGAUACAAAGUUCUUCCAAAGCCUCCCAUCCUCUGUUUUUUCCGGCAAUCAAAAGCUCUGUUUUUCAAGAACAGAAUGUCACAUGGAUACCAACAAUGGCGGAGGGAGGAAACUGAAUAGAAAUCUAAUAGUUCUUGUGUUUCUUAGUGUCAUUUCAGCUGCAUUGUUUGUGUUAAUCGUGUCGAGUUUGUUCGCAAAAGUACGCAGCACGACAACUAGCAGGAACAGCCAUGAAGAUAGCUUGGAUUGGGAGUUUACUCCAUUUCAGAAGCUGAGUUUCUCUGUGAAUGAUAUCAUUACGAGGUUAUCGGAUUCGAACAUCGUUGGAAAGGGUUGUUCGGGUUUGGUUUAUCGUGUCGAAACUCCGGCGAAACAGGUCAUUGCUGUGAAGAAGCUAUGGCCUUUGAAGAAUGGUGAUGUUGUUGUUACAGAAAGAGACUUGUUUUCAGCUGAAGUUCAGAUUCUUGGUUCCAUUAGACAUAGGAAUAUUGUUAGGCUUUUGGGUUGCUGUAACAAUGGCAAAACUAGGCUGCUUUUGUUUGAUUAUAUCAGUAAUGGAAGUUUGGGUGGAUUGCUGCAUGAGAAGAGGGUGUUCUUGGAUUGGGAUGCGAGGUAUAAGAUUAUAUUGGGAGCUGCUCAUGGCUUGGCUUAUUUGCAUCAUGAUUGCAUACCUCCAAUCCUUCAUCGUGAUAUUAAAGCAAACAAUAUAUUAGUAGGAGCACAAUUUGAAGCUGUUCUUGCGGAUUUCGGCCUGGCGAAGCUCGUCGAUUCUUCGGGUUGUUCGAGACCUUCCAAUGCUGUUGCUGGUUCUUAUGGCUAUAUUGCUCCAGAGUAUGGGUACAGCUUAAGGAUAACAGAGAAAAGUGAUGUAUACAGUUAUGGUGUUGUGCUUCUAGAGGUGUUAACAGGGAAGGCACCAACGGACACUAGAAUCCCAGAAGGCGCCCACAUUGUGACAUGGGCUAACAAAGAACUAAGAAACAGAAACAAGGAAUUUACAGCAAUUCUUGAUCAGCAGUUACUCCAACGAUCAGGAACCCAAAUCCAACAGAUGCUUCAAGUGCUCGGCGUCGCUCUCCUCUGCGUCAAUACCGUGCCGGAGGAGCGACCGACAAUGAAAGACGUCGCAGCCAUGCUGAAUGAGAUCAAGCAUGAAACUGAGGAGUAUGAGAAGCCUAAUUUGUUGGAAAGAGGAGCUAUCACAAAUCCUAAAGCAGCAGUUCAUUGUUCAAGUUUUUCUAGAUCAUCUGAGCCUCUAAUUAGAGCUGUUCCUUCUGCAGUACCAUAGAUUCAAAGAAACUGAAGAACAGUUCAGUUCACUGAUUAUUUCCUUUGGACAAGCAUGACAUUUAUUUGUAUAGAUUGGAAGUAAGUAGCAGUAAUAAUGAGAAGGUUGACUCUGUACUUCUGCUU